CAUAACAAAUGACUGUCACUAGAUCAAACACCCCCUGUAGCGUCAUAACGCGGUAGCGAGCCUCUUCCAAAAUGGCGUCCAGAUAUUAUCAAGAGAUGCAAGAGAGUUUCAGAAAUAACAACAAAAGCAGGGAAUUCCCUGCGCAUAGCGCUAAAGUUCAUUCAGUAGCAUGGAGUUGCGACGGCAGGAGGUUGGCAUCUGGAUCUUUUGAUAAAACAGCAAGCGUAUUUGUCUUGGAAAAAGACCGUUUGGUGAAAGAGAACAACUACAGAGGCCAUGGAGACAGUGUUGAUCAGCUGUGUUGGCAUCCUACCAAUCCAGACGUGUUUGUCACUGCAUCAGGGGACAAGACCAUACGCAUCUGGGACGUCAGAACAACAAAGUGCACGGCUACUGUCAACACUAAAGGGGAAAACAUCAACAUCUGCUGGAGUCCCGACGGCCAAACGAUAGCCGUUGGGAACAAGGAUGAUGUGGUUACCUUCAUCGACGUCAAAUCACACCGGUCACGAGCUGAGGAGCAGUUUAAGUUUGAAGUCAACGAGAUCUCGUGGAAUAAUGACAACAACAUGUUCUUUCUCACCAAUGGAAACGGGUGCAUCAACAUCUUGAGUUACCCCGAGCUGAAGCCCAUCCAGUCGAUCAACGCCCAUCCCUCCAACUGCAUCUGCAUCAAGUUUGACCCCACGGGGAAGUACUUUGCCACAGGAAGUGCAGAUGCCCUGGUCAGUCUGUGGACCGUUGAAGAACUGGUCUGUGUUCGCUGUUUUUCCAGGUUGGACUGGCCAGUGAGAACAUUGAGUUUCAGCCAUGAUGGGAAGAUGCUGGCUUCAGCCUCCGAGGACCACUUCAUAGACAUAGCAGAGGUUGAAACAGGAGAGAAGCUGUGGGAGGUCCAGUGUGAGUCUCCUACGUUCACAGUAGCCUGGCAUCCUAAGAGACCGCUGCUGGCCUACGCAUGUGAUGACAAGGAAGGGAAGUACGACAACAAUAGAGAGGCAGGCACUGUCAAACUGUUUGGAUUACCUAAUGAUUCCUGAGUGGGAGUCGAGGCAGGCACUGUCAAACUGUUUGGAUUAACUGAUGAUUCCUGAGUGGGAGUCGAGGCAGGCACUGUCAAACUGUUUGGGAUUACCUAAUGAUUCCUGAGUGGGAGUCGAGGCAGGCACUGUCAAACUGUUUGGGAUUACCUAAUGAUUCCUGAGUGGGAGUCGAGGCAGGCACUGUCAAACUGUUUGGAUUAACUAAUGAUUCCUGAGUGGGAGUCGAGGCAGGCACUGUCAAACUGUUUGGGAUUACCUAAUGAUUCCUGAGUGGGGUAGCGAUGCAGGCGCUGUCAAACUGUUUGGAUUACCUAAUGAUUCCUGAGUGGGAGUCGAGGCAGGCACUGUCAAACUGUUUGGAUUAACUAAUGAUUCCUGAGUGGGAGUCGAGGCAGGCACUGUCAAACUGUUUGGGGUUACCUAAUGAUUCCCGAGUGGGGUAGCGAUGCAGGCGCUGUCAAACUGUUUGGGAUUACCUAAUGAUUCCUGAGUGGGGUAGUGAUGCAGGCACUGUCAAACUGUUUUGGAUUACCUAAUGAUUCCUGAGUGGGGUAGCGAUGCAGGUGCUGUCAAACUGUUUGGAUUACCUAAUGAUUCCUGAGUGGGAUCAAACACACACACACACGUCUCUUGAUUCACUCUUUAAACUGAGUUUAUGUGGAUGAUUGGCCCUACUUUGUGGAGGCAUGUUUCCCAUCCCUGUGCUGCAAGACGUCUUCAUAUGUUCAAUACAACAUCCUUGACUUUUGGUCCCUUUUAAAUACAGCCAGAAGGGAUGUCUGUUUAAAUAGCUACGUCAUGUAAACUGAUAUUUCUCCAGAAGUCAAAUCCUCAAUGUUCUUCUACUGUUUUUUUUUUUAGAAAGAGUGCCAUCUUAGAUGUAGAAGGAACAGAUAAUUACAGCGGUUCUGAUAAGGGAUGAGGGCCUAGAGUUGCCCUGAAGGGAUGAGGGCCUAGAGUUGCCCUGAAGGGAUGAGGGCCUAGAGUUGCCCUGAAGGGAUGAGGGCCUAGAGUUGCCCUGAAGGGAUGAGGGCCUAGAGUUGCCCUGAAGGGAUGAGGGCCUAGAGUUGCCCUGAAGGGAUGAGGGCCUAGAGUUGCCCUGAAGGGAUGAGGGCCUAGAGUUGCCCUGAAGGGAUGAGGGCCUAGAGUUGCCCUGAAGGGAUGAGGGCCUAGAGUUGCCCUGAAGGGAUGAGGGCCUAGAGUUGCCCUGAAGGGAUGAGGGCCUAGAGUUGCCCUGAAGGGAUGAGGGCCUAGAGUUGCCCUGAAGGGAUGAGGGCCUAGAGUUGCCCUGAAGGGAUGAGGGCCUAGAGUUGCCCUGAAGGGAUGAGGGCCUAGAGUUGCCCUGAAGGGAUGAGGGCCUGGAGUUGCCCUGAAGGGAUGAGGGCCUGGAGUUGCCCUGAAGGGAUGAGGGCCUGGAGUUGCCCUGAAGGGAUGAGGGCCUGGAGUUGCCCUGAAGGGAAGGGGGCCUAGAGUUGCCCUGAAGGGAAGGGGGCCUAGAGUUGCCCUGAAGGGAAUAGAUAAAACAUAAUUUCCUCUCUGUGGUGAGGGGGAAAACACUAGUGUUCUCUUGGAAACCACCAGAUGUCAGUGAAUCCCAACUAUGAAAUAGUUAUUUGUUUCUGUAGAGUUUUCUACAUGACUGUUUCUCCAUACAGCACUGUGUGUAAUUGCAAACUGUAUCACAUUUAGUUGAAACUAUAAAUAUAUAUAUAUUUUUAUAUUAAAGCAACAGUCUUGUAUACUUGUCUUGGUUGAACAUAUCAAGGUAUAAAACUAAUAUGGUGCAUUGUAUGUUUGCUGUCUAGAUUUGGUGGGUUAUUUCACUAAGAGGGGACUGUAUCUCAGCCAGGAAAUGGUGAUUCAUUGCAGGCUAUGGCAUGAAGACGUUGUGUAACUAAAUGCAUUUAUGUAAUGUACACAGAGAUGGUGGGUGUGAGGUCUUGGACUUGAUAUGGUAGCCUACCCUCUGUAUCACAGCUCCCACACACCAACCAGCACAAGACCAUGUUAUCUUAACUGGGUGAAUAUGAUGCCCUGCCAACUAAGUACAGUAUUCAGUCCGGUCCAAAGACGAGCCAAAAAGACUCUCAAAUAAAUCAUACAAGUUCUGGGUUAUAUUGCAUUUUCCUGUAAAUUAUGUAAAUGUAUUUUUUUUUUAUACUAAUACAAUGGCUCAGAGAAAUAUAUAUUUUGUUUAACAAGUAAUACUUUUUCCCCCUCAGAUGUUUUGAAUACCUCACCUUUUGAGUAUAAUGGCACCGAGUCUUUUUUUCUCAAAUGUAUCAGAUUGGAGAACACGUUGAGAGGGAUCAUAGACCAUUGAUAUCCUUAUUCUGCGCUUAGGGGCGGCCCUCAUCAAAUUCCGGAGAAUGAGAUGGCUAUUGCAAAAUGUUUAUUUUAUUUUGUGGUCGAUUUAACAUUUCUUUGUGUAUUUUGAUGUGUGCUUGGGGUUAUUGUCUUGCUGGAAAAUCCACUAUCUUUUUGAGAGGAAAAAAAAAAA